GGAGCAUUUUAUUAUGCCAUAUAACAUGAACAAUGCUAAUAAAGCUGGAUUAUUUGGUAUUCAAACAUUAUUCUUUUAUGAGUAUGGUUUAUCUUUUGCACAAAUAGCAAGAGAUAGCGCUCUUAAAGCAUUAUCACUAAAUGGAACUGAAGCGGAAUGGUAUUUUUUGAUGGCUAAAGUAUUAACGAACUGGCAAAGAACAUGUGGCAAUUAUUUUGAAUGUUCUGAACAAGAAAUUAAGGCAUCUGAAAUGGCUGUUAAACUUGGUAACAAGGAUCAUCACAAAUUGCAUUUAGUCCAUAUAUAUCAACGGAUGAGUAAAAACAUGAAUAAAAAUAAAAAAGCCAAAAAUACAAUUCUAGAUGAGUCAUUAAAAUUGAUUAUUGAAGUCAUAGACAAUACAAAAGAUUUGCUUUUGCUAAAAAGUUGUUUAAUUAGCUUAUCGAAAAUUUCUCAAAAUCAAGAGUAUAACAAUGAUAUUACUAUCAUCUUGAAUCAACUUAUUGAUACAUUAGAACAUAGUGAUAAUGGUUAUGUUCAUGGGGCAAUUGGAAACUACUAUUUGUUUAAUAAAAAGGAUUAUGUAAAGGCAAAUUUUCAUCUUAAGAAAGCUUAUGAUGUCAAAAGCUUUGGUAAUUCUAUUGAUUACAUUUAUACAUUCUAUAAAAUAAAUCCAAAAACCGCGCCAAUAGAACAAAUGAUGGUAGACUUGUUGAAAAGAUUUCCUCAUCCUGUUCACCAAGAAAAACUUCUAAGUCAAAUUGUAUCAUAUUUACUUCUAACCAAGAAUGAUCUUAUUCGAGCGCUCAAGUACAUCCCAAUGUUGUUGAGCAUUAAAAAUGUGACUUGUGUUUACAGCCUUCAGACACAUAGAACCAAGUUUAGUGAAUAUACUAAAGAAGUUAAUUUGUUAGACGUUUUAUCCGAAAAACUCUCUAUAGCAUUAAAAAAUACAACAUUGUCAACAGAUGAUCACGAAAAAAUUAUAGAGGUUAUGAAAAUACUAGAAUCAUAUAAAUUAUAUGUAUCAAGUUUGAUGAAAAAUAAAGAACACAUUUUUGGAAACAAAGUUACAGGCAAUACUAAAGCCAAAACUGUAUCCUAUAAUAUUGACAGAGAACGUAAAGAAUCAUGGACCCAUAUAAAUUCUAAACAGAUUAUGAAUCCUAUCCAGARUAAGGAAGAAGAAGGUAAUUGGAGAACUUUAAAACCAGAUUCUACACCAAAAACUACAAUUUUUAUGCGUAAUAACCCAACUCAGAUUAAAAAACCAUGGUGAGGAAAUCAAAAAAACUUAUAAAUUGAAUUCAUAAAYAAACGUUUUUAAUAUGAAAUCAAUUAAUAUAAUAUAUU